UGACCUGGCACACCAUUUACGUCUGGUAUCAGAACUUCGUGAGGUGGCAGAAAGUGGCUACGAUCCCAAUAGCCCUAGGCAUCAUGAACUACUAAUUUGCCUUUUAAUGACUGCAGCUGAUCUGUCAGACCAGACCAAGGACUGGCACUCUUCGAAACAUGUGGCUGAAUUGAUAUACAAAGAAUUUUUCACCCAAGGAGACUUAGAGAAAGCUAUGGGCAAUAUGCCAAUGGAAAUGAUGGAUCGUGAAAAGGCCUUCAUUCCUGAGCUCCAGUUGCAGUUCUUGGAUGAUGUUGCUAUUCCUGUCUAUGAAAUUGUUGCCAAAAUGUUCCCUGGAGCCCAAGAUCCCUACAACAACAUUAAAGCCAGGAGAAGAAACUGGGCCAGACUUAGGGAUGUUUACAAAAAGAGAAAACCUGAAUCUACAAGUUCCCUGGAGGUCUUUGAAGAUGAUUCAUUGGAAGAUGAAUUGAUUAAAGAUGAAUCAUGAGGAACUGUUUGAUGCACAUGAUGGUCCCACCUCUUAAUUGCAUAAUAAAUCUUCCUUCCAGAUCUAUAUUAAAAGUAGUUCAGGACUUACAGAUUUUUGCAUAUUGUAUACAGUUUACAAACAUUACAGUUAUUACAAUAUUGGAUUAUAGACUACUGCAUCUCCCAAUUUUAAUCCAAUGGUACAGAUGCCUUUGUAGAUACCUGAUAUAUGCACUGAUAAAUACCUUAGAUUGCCAUAUUGUAGAAACUUAUGUUCUCUACAAUAUGAAUCUUAUAUGAAUAAAAAACAGCUAUUUCGUAAAUCUUGCAUUUAGGUACUCAGCUGUAUUUCUAGCAACUAAACUUUAAUUUAUGAAAUAGGACAGUAUUGUGGGUGAUUUGAAUUUUAUGACUGGUAUACAGUAGCCAUACUGGACCAAACUCAAGUUGAUGCACAUACACUAGACAUGUAAAUGCAUAACUGUAUUUUAUAAAGAUAGGUGUUUGUAAAACUCUAUCAGUGCCCCAUUUCGUGGAUUAUUUAGUUCCAUAUAGCUUUAAUUUGUAUUUUUAUAAAGAAUGAAAAUGGACGACCAAAUAACAAACAAUUUAUUAUUUAAUAGAGGAGUGAGUUUCGAAAUCCAGUUUAUUCAUAAGGUAUUUUGGCAUGAGGGACGUAAAGAAAAUUAGUUGAAUAAUUAGAAGAUCUAUUUUUAGAGACCUAAUUACAGCUAUUCCAUUAUUUUCUCUCAUUAGCUACAAAACAUUGUUUCAACUUUUUUAUAUACUACUACGUACAUCAAUCAGGUUAUUCCAUUAUCUUGCGUAUUAGUAAGUACAUUUUUAAGUUACUUAUUGAAAAUGCUUUAAGAUUUAAGGGAUCCAGAUGUCUUAUUAACCUUAACUUGGAGACAUUUUGCUUUACCAUAGAUUCUUUAUAAGCAUAAAAGAAAGCCAGGUUUAUCGUUAUACAGUUGUACUGUAUUCCAACAAAUAUUGUGUAUUAUUGCAUACUAAAUGAAAGUUACAAUAGUUUAUGCAACAAACCUAGUAAUCCUUCACAUCCAAAAGUAAUGAUCUUUACAUAUCCAAAAAUACGUGGAUGUAAUUCUCUAUCUUGCUUGUGUACCAGUACAAUUCCAAACCAGGGUAUCUCUGAUAAGUAAAUAUCAAAUGAUUACCUUCUUGUUUGUUUCUUAUGUUAAAACUUAUGUAACUGGUAAAUAAGACCUGUAUAGAUAAAUGAGGUACUAAGAGAUUCUCCAUGGGUUGUCUUACCUAGUUUUGUAAAUGAAUAUAAUUGAGUUUUAUCAAUUAAAGUCAACCAACCAAACAUUUUUGGGAAGUGAUGGAAAUUUUAGCUUUUUAUUAAGUAAUGGAAACCUUAGAGUUUGGAGUCUGUGAUAUAAAAUUAUAAGAAAUUUUUUAAAAUGAUGAGAAGUCUGAUUUCCAUAUCAUCAGCUACUUGAAUAGUUUCCUUCUCUUUCCAAGAAUGUUUCCCAUUGAUGCACAGGAUAGUGUAACCCAAACCAUAACGUUAAUGCUGCCAACACUCACAGACUUUUUCAUAAGACCAAAAAGAAGUCUUAUGUAAAUGUGUUCAUUUUAAUGAGAAAGCACCCAGAAAAACAAAAUCAUUAGCAGUAAGAAAAUUGCGGUGUUGAAUUACAUAAGACUCGAAAUUGGCCAAGUACCUAUUUUCUGUGUUUACUUUCUCCAGAAAAAACUGAUUAAGCCGCACGAGUUAGUUGAUAAUUGUUUGGUGCUUAGACUUAUAUAAUUUUAAUGACUAGAGAAUAUAUAUUGUAAAUAUCUUAAUAAAAGACAAAUUGUAUUUUUGUGCCAUAUACUAAAUAAGUUUAGGUGAUCGCAUAAAGAGUAGUAAUGAUGUUGUUUAUAUGAUAAUUGUUUUCUUUUUAUUACACUUUUGUCUUAAAGACAUUAUUACAGAGUAUAAUUUUAAGUUUGGGUAUAGCACAACGGUUCAUUGGAAUAACGUGAAACUUACCAUUAUAUUCAUGUCUAUUUAAUGUGUUACGUAUUGCCUCUGUGUUUUUUCUCCUGAGUCAUGUGCUGGUGUAAACUGCCCGAAAAUGUAAAUCAUUUUAUGGAUUUUUUAUUUUUUAUUGUCUGGAUGAGGCCUUUUAUCUUUAAUUACUGAUAUUGUACUUAAGUUUGUAUAAAUACUGUACAUAAGGAAACUUGAGAAGUGUAGGUGAUUUCACAGCUCACCUAGUAAGUAUAUGAACUUGAUAUUAUCCACUUUUUACCCUUUUUUACUAUCAUUUGCAUCAUAAAGUACAAUCCCUAUUUACAUUUAUUUUUUCAUAAAAAAAAAUACCUUUAGACCAUUUCCAACUUCUUCCCUAAUUUUUCAGUUUGGGAGUUAAGAUACAAGUAGAAAAUUUUAUUUUGAAAUCUAUUUUUUUCUAAGAUGGUCAGUAACAUUUUAUCUCAGUGUUGUUGAGUCUCCAAAACACCUCAAGCAUUCGCUUCUGAAAAAAUGUAUAAUUAAAAUGACUUGCUGAAAAGGAUAUCUUUUUAAUAUUUUUGAAUAUAUUGAAAGUAGCUACUGUAACCAUUGUAAUUUUUUAUUAGCCAUAAAAUAAUGUAACAUUCUGUUUUAAAGUACUUAUGCCUCAUUCACAUGUUUCAGUCUUUUAUCUUUUCAGGAGAAAUUAUGAGAUGCUUUAAAUAUGUAAACUUUACAAAGGACACAAUGCAGUACAUGUAGUAGUUUAGAAAAUUUGCUUUUGCAGAUUAUCCACUGACAACUGACUUUGCUUCAUAGUGCAAUAUGAAUAGUUGCAACAGUUGAAUUACUAAUACAGAAACUUGUGACAGUAAAUCAAUGUUUGCUUCUUUCCGAAAUUCGUCACUGGAUAUUCUGUCUUUUUUGCAAUUACCUCCUCUAUUACAUGUAUUGAUGUACUCCAUAAUGUGCUGUGCUUGAUCAUCAAGUAAUGUACAAUGCAGAAAUAUAUAACAUUUUUGUUUUUAA